UUGUAAAUUCCUUAAUAUUUUGAAUUCAUUUCAAUAUCUCAAUUUAAGUGUAUCUUCUGGAUCGCUUUUUCGCCAAGUGUAACCGCACCGUAUAAAGUGUUUUGAUUGUCAGACUAAGCGAUCAGUGAGAAAGCAACAGUCGUUUCGGAAUGGCGUUUUGGUGGCUUUGUUUCGGUUGCUUGGCCGCACUUUUGACUACAAUUUGCAUUUUUCUAAAUCGCACAUACAGCCACUGGGCGCGUCGGGGGGUGGUACACGAUAAGCCGGUCUGGACCUAUGGCAAUCUAAAUCAAGUGGGUAAAAGUCUGUCGGCAGUAGAAAGAUUUCGCAAUUACUAUGAGAAAUACAAGGGCAAGGCGCCCUUUGGCGGCUUCUAUUUUCCAUUUCGCGAGGCUGCAGUGCUUUUAGACCUGGACCUGGUCAAGCUGGUCAUGGUCAAGGAUUUCAAUAACUUUGCACAUCGUGGUAAUUACAGCAAUGAACGCGAUGAUCCCAUAUCAGCGCAUUUGUUCAACUUGGAUGGUCAUGCCUGGCGCGAUAUGCGCAACAAAUUAACACCCACUUUCACCUCAUUGAAGAUGCACCAAAUGCUGCCCAUAGUGCUGGAGAUUGCGGAGCGCUUUAUGCUGGUGAUGCAAAAAGAGCUGGACAAACACAAGGGGGAAGAGGAGUCACCAGUGGAAGUGAAGGAUUUGCUGGCGCGCUUCACAACGGACAUCAUAGGCAGCUGUGCUUUUGGCUUGGAUUGCAACAGCCUCAAUGAUCCGAAAGUGGAAUUCCGACGUAUGGGCAAUAAGACUUUUACGGAGCGACGUCAUGGACGCAUUGUCUUCUCUUUCAUUCAAUCUUUUCCUAAGUUCGCCAAGUGGCUCAAACUGAAAACAGUUCGCGAUGAUGUCAGCGCUUUCUUUAGACGCGUCGUGCGUGAAACUUUGGACUAUCGUGAUCGUAAUCACGUCCAGCGCAAGGAUUUCUUCAAUCUGCUUAUGGAGCUUAGAAAGGAUCCGAAUGGAGGUCUUAGUUUCAAUCAGAUUGCAGCGCAGGCUUUUGUUUUCUUCCUGGGUGGGUUUGAAACCAGCUCCAGCACCAUGGGAUUUGCUUUGCAUUUACUUGCAUUACAUCCGGAGAUACAAGAGCGUGGUCGAGAAGAAGUUCAGCAAGUGCUUUCCAAGCACAAGCAGCUCAACUAUGAAGCGCUAAAAGAACUCAAGUAUAUCAAGCAGAUUAUGUAUGAAACCCUGCGAAAAUAUUCAAUUGCGUCCAUUCUGUUGCGUAAGACUUUGGAAGAUUAUCCAGUACCAGGUACAUCUUAUGUGCUGGAGGCGGGCACACCCAUUGUCAUACCUGUGGAUGCCAUACAUCAUGAUCCUGAUGUUUAUCCCGAACCCGACAAAUUCGAUCCGGAACGCUUUACUCCCGAGGCAAUGGAACAACGCCAUGCCGCUGCCUUUUUGGGAUUUGGUGCAGGUCCACGCAAUUGCAUUGGCUUGCGUUUUGGCGAAAUGCAAACGCUAGUCGGUCUGGCUAUGCUCUUAAAAAACUUUAAAUUCUCCCCCGCCAAAGCUACCGAAAUUCCCUUACAAAUCAACAAGUCGAGCGUCUUUUUGCAAAGCAAAGGCGGCAUAGUGCUCAAUGUGGAGCGGGUGUAGUAGUAGUAUUAUUUAAAAUAAAUAUUUUUC